ACACCACUUUUGAGAAAUCUUGCCUUGUGGCCUUGCUCUCGGCGUGGUUGCCCCUGACUGGACUAGAGCCCACCCUGGGGGAGGCCUGUGCUCAAUGGUGAGGUGCUCAAGCUUGUUGCCUGAAGACGGGGCUGGCACUUCUCCCCCGACAGCUGCCUGCAGCGGGAAGCUGGAGCAGCACACGGAGCGGCGUGGUGUCAUCUAUAGCCCUGCUUGGCCCCUCAACUACCCACCGGGCACCAACUGCAGCUGGUAUAUCCAGGGCGACCGUGGGGACAUGAUCACCAUUAGCUUCCGGAACUUUGAUGUGGAGGAGUCCCACCAGUGCUCACUGGACUGGCUCCUGCUGGGCCCCGCAGCUCCGCCCCGCCAGGAGGCCUUCCGCCUCUGCGGAUCCGCCAUCCCGCCUGCCUUCAUCUCUGCCCGCGACCACGUCUGGAUCUUCUUCCACUCAGAUGCCUCCAGCUCCGGCCAGGCCCAGGGCUUCCGUCUCUCCUACAUCCGAGGGAAGCUGGGCCAGGCGACCUGCCAGGCAGACGAGUUCCGCUGUGACAACGGCAAGUGCCUGCCCGGCCCGUGGCAGUGCAACACCGUGGACGAGUGCGGGGACGGCUCCGACGAGGGCAACUGCUCCGCGCCUGCCUCUGAACCUCCAGGCAGCCUGUGCCCUGGGGGCACCUUCCCGUGCAGCGGGGCGCGCUCCACGCGCUGCCUGCCGGUGGAGCGACGCUGCGACGGCACACAGGACUGCGGCGACGGCUCCGACGAGGCCGGCUGUCCCGACCUGGCGUGUGGCCGGCGGCUGGGCAGCUUCUACGGCUCGUUCGCCUCCCCGGACCUGUUUGGUGCAGCCCGCGGGCCCUCGGACCUUCACUGCACGUGGUUGGUGGAUACGCAGGACCCACGGCGCGUGCUGCUGCAGCUGGAGCUACGACUGGGCUACGACGACUACGUGCAGGUGUACGAAGGCCUGGGCGAGCGCGGGGACCGGCUUCUGCAGACGCUGUCCUACCGCAGCAACCACCGGCCAGUGAGCCUGGAGGCCGCCCAGGGCCGCCUCACCGUGGCCUACCACGCCCGUGCCCGCAGCGCCGGCCACGGCUUCAACGCCACCUACCAGGUGAAGGGCUACUGCCUACCCUGGGAGCAGCCAUGCGGGAGCAGCGGCGAAGGCGACGGGGCUGACUCAGGAGACCAGGGCUGCUUCUCAGAGCCCCAGCGCUGCGACGGUUGGUGGCACUGUGCCAGUGGCCGAGACGAGCAGGGCUGCCCCGCCUGCCCGCCCGACCAGUACCCCUGCGAGGGUGGCAGCGGCCUGUGCUACGCACCUGCCGACCGCUGCAACAACCAGAAGAGCUGCCCGGACGGCGCUGAUGAGAAGAACUGUUUCUCGUGUCAACCGGGUACCUUCCACUGUGGCACCAACCUGUGCAUCUUUGAGACGUGGCGCUGCGAUGGCCAGGAGGACUGCCAAGAUGGCAGCGACGAGCACGGCUGCCUGGCGGCGGUGCCCCGCAAGGUCAUCACCGCGGCACUCAUCGGCAGCCUGGUGUGUGGCCUGCUGCUGGUCAUCGCCCUGGGCUGCGCCUUCAAGCUGUACUCGCUCCGCACACAGGAGUACAGGGCCUUUGAGACCCAGAUGACGCGCCUAGAGGCGGAGUUUGUGCGGCGGGAGGCUCCCCCCUCCUACGGUCAGCUCAUUGCCCAGGGCCUCAUUCCGCCCGUGGAGGACUUUCCUGUCUACAGUGCAUCCCAGGCCUCGGUGCUGCAGAGUCUUCGCACAGCCAUGCGGCGGCAGAUGCGCCGGCACACCUCCCGCAGGGGGCCCUCCCGCCGCCGCCUGGGCCGCCUCUGGAACCGGCUCUUCCACAGGCCUCGGGCUCCUCGAGGCCAGAUUCCGCUGCUGACUGCGGGGCGCACUUCACAAACGGUGCUGGGAGAUGGGCUCCUCCAGCCCGCACCAGGGGCUGCCCCGGAUCCCUCCGCACCCCUGACAGACACAGGGAGCCCCAGGGCAGCCGGGGACGGACCCUCUAGUGCCCCCAACCAUGUUGUAGAGGUGGGACCUUUGGCACCGCCCCCACCCUCAGGCCCACAAGACCCGGAGUGCAGGCCUGUGGACAAGGACACGAAGGCCGGCAGGGACACUCUGGUGGACAGACCAACCCCUGUGGACACAUCAUGGGAGCCGUGCUCGGCCCAGGACCCCCACACCCAGUCCCCCACUGCCAGCAGCACCCGAGGCCCCCACUCACCAGAACCACUGGGGGUCUGCAGGAGCCCCCCACCACCCUGCUCCCCGAUGUUGGAGGCCAGUGACGACGAGGCCCUGCUGGUCUGUUGACCUGCCGGGCUCGCUGGUGACCGCCACAGCCCCGCUUUGUAACCAGGGAAUACACAGUUGUUUGUACCCUGC